ACGAGGCACCCCCUGAUGGUCAUUUUGGUCUUGUUUUUAGCUGUGGUAUCCGUGGAUGGGCGGCCUGUGAGACUCCAGCUGUGCGACACCGCGGGACAGGAUGAGUUUGACAGACUGAGGCCCCUGUGCUACACCAACACGGACAUCUUCCUGCUGUGCUUCAGCGUGGUCAGCCCCUCGUCCUUCCAGAACGUCACCGAGAAGUGGGUGCCCGAGAUCCGGUGCCACUGCCCCAAAGCCCCCAUCAUCCUCGUGGGAACUCAGUCGGAUCUCAGAGAAGAUGUCAAGGUCCUCAUCGAGCUGGACAAGUGCAAGGAGAAACCGGUGCCUGAAGACGCGGCGAAGUUGUGUGCGGAGGAGAUCAAAGCCGCCUCCUACAUCGAGUGCUCGGCCUUGACUCAGAAAAACCUCAAAGAGGUCUUUGACGCGGCCAUCGUCGCCGGCAUUCAAUACUCGGACACGCAGCAACAGCCAAAGAAAUCCAAAAGCAGGACUCCAGACAAAAUGAAAAACCUCUCCAAGUCCUGGUGGAAGAAGUAUUGCUGUUUCGUAUGAUGCUGGCAAGAAACCCAGAGAGACCUUUCAAAUGAAAUCGAUAUUAGAGGCUAUAUUAGCUGCAAAGACUCCUUUUACUGUGUGCGACCUGUGUAGAGGAUGCGUGUGCUUGUUCUAGGAGGGCUUCUCUCCUCCUUACGUAUUCUUUCCUGCCUUUGAUUCUCUUGGUUUUUGUCUGAGCUUAGGGAUGACUCACGCAAUGUAUGUUUGAAGUAAGUUAAGCAUUUUUCAGAACUUGCGGCAAUUUUGCUGCGUUGUGACGCGCAGAAGGAAAUGGUGUGGUCCCCCGUCCCUUGAUCGAGGGCUACCCCACGCACAGCGCAUUGUACGCAGGCCAGCUCCGGUGAUAGCAAGUCCCAGCUUUGAAACUCCUUAGAUGUUAUACUUUUUUCAAGGAGCAAAAGUCAAAGAAAAUGGGAGACUACUGUCUGCAAAGCCUCAAACCUCUUGCUAUGCUAAUGUUCAGUUGCUUAAGAUUUAAAAACAACCAACACAACCAUCCCACUAACUCUGUAGCACUGUGUAGGCCAAAAAGGAAGAAUUGUUUAGUGGGAUUUUUCAUGCUUCCACGUUUGUGUUGAUGUUGUGUAAACGGAGCCCAGACGUCACGUGGACCGAAGUGAGUGUUAGUCAGGAACACUUACGUCUUCUUUAGGGUGUGAUUCAUCUUGGGAUCAGGAUGUGACAUUAGCUGUUAGCACACACGCACCGAGCUGCCUAAGUCCCUGGCUGGGGGAGCUCGAGGGAGCACCUGUCUGAAUUGAUUUUUAACUUCCAUGCUUAACCUGUCCCGUCUGCAGGGAUGUGAACGCCCUUGACAGGCCUGCAGCAGAUGUUUGUGGGACACAAGAUGUACUUUUUUCGUUUAAGUCAGCCAAACAUACGUGCACACACGCACACGUGCACACACACGCACACACGUAGGUCUGCAUGGCUGCAUUCGUGCUGAUUCAGAUGCAGAAACAGUGAAUGGGAAAAAGCGUGGCCACAAAAGCAGAUCGAGGGAAGUGUGGUUUCCUCUUUUAGUUAACACUUUUGAACAGAUCUCUUUUUUAUUAUACCCCAGAUGUGAUUUUAAGGGUACCUUAACACAUUUUUGAGACCAUCUUAAAACACGAACACCUCUCAAAGCCUGUUCUAAACUCUCUUAAACCAACCAGUUGGAUCCUAAGUCUUUCAGGGAAAUGACAGCCCCGAGCAGCGCUGUGUAUCAGAUGGGUCGGGGUGUCUGCUGUGACCCCCAGGAGCAGGGUGCGUGCGGGGACUACAGCUUCCUCCCUCAGCUGCAUCCUCCCUCUUAGGCAGUUAGAAACAUCUCUAUUCUUCAGGGUGGCAGUUUUUAGGGCUUAAUUUUCUGGAGGAUAAUGUUGCCCCGCCGGGAGAGUAGGCUCACCCUUCGAUGGGGAAGCUUCUGAGAUGCCGAAAGCUAUCCUCAUGCAUCAAAUCGUAACGUCAGCCUCGUGGUGGCCGAAGCAGAUUUACCCAAAUCAGUUGAACGGGAAAUCUCUGUAGAGACAGCGAAUAGCAGAGUUUUACCUUCGGGUCCUGUGCUGUGUUCUUUACGUUUAAAAAAAAAAGUAAAAGAUUAGGUUAUACUUUAGGCUAGGGGCUUCUUUGAUUUCUGUUAGUAAAUAAAAUUAACGAACUUCUUUGUUUAAAUACUAAAAUACGUAGGCUGUUUAUUUAUUUUUCAAUACAUUAAAGCUGAUAUCAUAAUUUCCUAAAGUGUUUAGAUAUUAGCUGAAUGAAUAAAAUUACUGUGCUUGUGGAAAUGCCCCAAGCAGGCCUAAUGGAGCGCAGUGUAAGCUUGUGUGCCUGGCUCACCUGUCUGUGGGAAGCCAGCUCCCCACACCAGGCUCUGCCUGCCUGGGGGUGUGGAGAUGUGGGGGGCGGGGGAAGUUAUUUGACUGGUAGGUAAUUUUAAACAGUAUUUUGUAUUUAAGCAAAUGGACUCCAAUGCAAAUUAAUUUUAAGAUAGAACACAAAACUGGAAAGAAGUUUCAUGCAUAUGAUAGCAUGGGGGCCCACUCUUGGUCCCCCUGGGAGGGGCCUUCGGCACCCUCCGCCUUUAGGGCCACUGGUGGGAAGUGGUUACUAAAGAUCACCUGUGUGGCCCAGUUCUGAGAGCUUUAUACUCAAGUGGUUUAUUUUGAACCCACAUCGAUACAACCUGUGCCAUUAGUGCUAAAAAUCUACAGGAUUGACAUCGAAAUGCAACAGUUUUAACACAUUGCUUCAUUCUCUAGAACACCAAGGGGAUGACUGACCGUACUCGAGGGGUUCCUCCAUUUUUAUUUCUUUGUGAAAAUAGAGAUUUGGACAGAACAUUUUAAAGUGUGUGCUUGAGUUCAAUAUAAAGUUGAAUAUCCUUCAAACCGCGCACGUUGUUAAACUUGAGGCUUGGCUCCGCACAGAUUUUACGAGGGUCGUGCUUCAGAAAAUGCCACUUGAGCUGAUCUCUCCCAUCCAGGUGGCCAAAGUUUAAAAAGACAGUCUUCCCCGGCUGUUCCAUCUCUGUACCAUGCGUGUGGAAAUGAACCUGCUGUGAUGUUCCCCGGCUUGAGAGAACCCCCAGGGAUUGCACAGCCCAACGCGAGGGCAAGGGCUCCUCCCCAGACUGUCGUCACCUGGUGCCUUACCAGCAGCGUGUCCCUUCACGGGUCAAGUGUAUCGACGGUGAGCAGAGCUGUCCUCGCAGAGGCUCUGAGCGACGCUGUACGAAAUAAACGCUGACCUGUGCAUAGACCUGA